GAUCCAAAAAUAGAUAGUGUCAGUGAAGUGACAUCUUCAGAGCCUGAACAUGAGUUAAUGAUUGAUACCACUGCACCUUCUGACGAGAUAGAAAAACACGCUGAGAAGUGGAUAAAGUAUGUAAAAGGUAAAAAAGCUGUUACCGAAAAAUCCGUUAGUAGCUUUGAACUUUGGGAUUUUGCUGGACAACAGCUGUACUAUGCGUCUCAUCCUGUAUUUUUAACAACACGUGCAAUAUAUAUCUUGGUGUGCAACCUCAGCAAAUCAUUACAUGAAACUGCCAAACCCUGUGUGAGACAAGGACACCAUAACUUCACGUUGGACAACCCAAACGGGGAAACAAAUUUGGAGAAUCUACUAUCUUGGCUUUGCACAGUGCACAGCAUCACACAGAUGAGAGGAGGAACUUGUGACGAUGCAGAAGGAAAGCUGCCUCAUCUGCGUCCCCCUGUGAUCAUUGUAGGCACCCAUGCUGACAAACCAUUCGAAGACAUUGUAACAAUGAAGACAAAAAUACAAGAGGCAAUUACUGGUAAGGACUAUGAAGGACAUGUAGUGCGGCCUAUCUUCAGCAUUGACAACACUGCAAAAUUAAUUCAGAGGAGGUUGAAAAAGGUUUUCAGAAAAGAUAAGAACAUUGAUGGCAUCCAAGAGCUUAGAGACAAAAUCAUGGAAGUGUUGAGGCAGGAGCCAUACAUGAAGGAAAGGAUACCUGUGAGGUAAAUAAAGUGAAUAAUAGGACACAGAUGUCUUUUGACGAGAAUUUCCAUGAUGAUUAAGGGUUGAGGUGAAGUAGCAUUAAAACCACAGUGAAAAGAAGCUCUAUCCAGUAUGGUUUUCGUUUCGGCGCAAAAUCUAUCCGCUAUGAUAUGAACAUAGCCUUAAUUUCUUUCUUUGCACUGAUGUCAUAAAAACAAGCAAGCUCUAUUUCUCCCCCUUUAGUCUCAGGCACUCUUGUGUUUGAUCAAUUAUACAGUAUGUCACCUUCAUAGUAUUUUAUAUCGAUGGUUAGUGCACAACCUCUGUUAAGAUGCAAGUACAUGUGUCAUGUUCCGCUGUAGUUGGAUCUCGUUUGCCGCUGUUUGUUCUUUUUCAUCUUAACCACGACUGCUUGCGGUGCCGCCGGAAUAAUCGUUAGGAGGUUACGGAAUGCAGCUGCAGACUCGUCCUUGCAUUAGACUGUUAACAGUGCCGAUCUUCCUCGGCACGUGAGUUAACUGUUCUUAAUUCGGGGAGGGGUAGGGGUGAAGUAGGCUUGCUAUUAUUGGGAUUCCUUAUCUUCAACCAUUUUUUAAGUGUACUUUUGAGGGUACUCUGCCCGAUGACACGACAACUUACAUUCAUCUUUUUAUAAACUAGGUGGCUUAACUUUGAGAAGGUCCUCAGUGCUUUGCUUUCCAAGAAAGUUUACCAUUUGAACUUAAAGGAACUUCAAACCUAUGCAAGGGAUAACUGCUUUAUAAAUGAUGAGGAAGAGGUCACUACCAUGGUGGAUUUCUAUCAUGACCUGGGGAUAAUUAUCAAGCACUGUAGCACAGUCAUUCUGAGCGCUGAGUGGUUAAUAGACCUAUUCAAGCAGCUGAUCAUUAUUCCACCAUUCGAUGAAACGGUAAGGUCCGAGAUACAUUCGGAAAGUGUUUUCAAACUAUUGCAGCAACUUUCUCUUCUAGUUUUAUUCAUUUAUCUAUUUGACACACGAUAGUAAAAAUACAACACCAAAAAAUAUAAGAGAAGAAGAAAAAGAGAGGUGGCGAGGAGACCUAAGGGAAACUAUAAAAAGCUUAUGCGAGAUUAGGCCUCCUGGAGCCACGGGCUUUAGCUCCAUAGAUCAAUUCAAGCACAACAUGGCGUAAAGUGUAAAGUUGAAAAGUUAAUGCAACCUUUAGAAUUUUCUCAAAGAAAGAAAGGGAUAGAGCGUUGAUAACCUUGUUGUCAAGUGAAUUAAAAAACUUGGAAUCUUAAAAAAAGGAAAUCUCUUAGUGUUUGUACAACAGGGUAGAAGGUACGCUUAGGAAUUUCUAGUAUUGUUAAAUGACUGGAAUUUAUAUUGUUUUAGGAAAAAUUGUUAUGUAACAUAAAUAUACUGGUAUCGUCGGCAAACAAAAUACAACAGUUAAUAAACUAAAAGCAUUGUUGAUGUCGUUGAUGUUUUAAAUAAGAAAAAGGUCCGAGGAUGAAACCCUGAGGGACCCCUCAGAAGAUUUCAUUUCUUAACGAACGAUGGCCAUUUAAUUCAAUUUAUCAUUCAAUGAAAAUUGUUCUUCCUUUUCAUUGGCCGAAAGCCCUCCAAGUGACCUGGAAAUAACUGCCUACAAAUAAUAUUCUGCUCAUGCGUAAACGAAACCACCCUUUUCUCCUUCCUGCGAUCGCUCUUGCGUUGCGUGAAAAAUGGCUGAUCGCUUCGCUUCCCGAAGAUAUUCAUUAUAAAACAAACUUGGCGAUCACAAAAUAUGGUGAUUUGUCAGUGUCUCACAGAUCAAUUAUUUGCCGAAGCCGAAUAGUGUGCUCGCCACCAACAAAUCACCAUAUUUUGCUCAACCUCGUCCAAUAAUUGUUAAAUAUUGCAUUCUGCUUGCAAAACAACUUCUUAUUCAGUCCAGCGUUAAACCACGGAUUUUCGAGUUUAUCAAAAAUAAUGGCAUGAUCUACGGCGUCAACUGCUUUUGAGAGGUCAAGAAAAAUACAGACGUCUUCUGAAAAACUUUUUAAUCACUUUACUUUUUAUUUCUCAGGAACCCAAGGUUUCCAAACUCUGGCAGGAAGUUAAAGAAAGCGGUGUCCUUAGCUUGGAAUUGCUUCAUCAUGUAUUUUCUAAGUUUCUUCUGAAGGGUGUUGCAAAAGAUGACAUUCUGGACCUGAUGGAACAAUUCGGUUUGAUUGCAAAGUUUUCACCUUCUAAAACUGAUGUAAAGUAUUUUGUGCCAUGCCAGCUCAAAAUGCCACCUGAUUCCAUUUGUGCAAUGGUACCCUCAAGCUCAGACCCUUGUCCUCUUCAUGUUUACUUUGUUACUGGUUUUGUCCCUCAUGGCCUGUUCACACGGCUUGUUUCUCGCCUUGUGAGGUGGUGUUCUGAGGCUGGUCCAGCUCAGCCUCCUACCCUAUAUCAAAAUGGAGCAUGGUUCGUCAUUGGGAGGGAAAUUAUCCAGGAUUUAGUUCUUAUUUGUAAGAAGCAGUUCAUAAAGUUUUUCUUAAAGCAAAAAACCCAGCGUCAGAAGAUUUCAGUGAGGGACACAAGUGAGGUAGCGGUGCAGGUGCGCGAGUUUGUGGAGGCAACUCUACAAACUUUGUCACAUGAUCUGCUGUAUCUACGUGGAGUGCAGUACGAGAUUCGGGUGGCCUGUCCGUACUGUCAGCUUGAAGAGUGCUCAGGCCAUAAUGAGAGGGCAUGUGGUCAUGAAGACUGUCUUCAUCUCCUGGAGUUAAGACACGGUCAGCCACUGAUUUGUAAAAAGAAACCUUCAGAGGAGAUACUUACGGUUAGGGGACAGGAAAAGUGGUUCUCACAGGUGCCAAGUGAGGUAGGUAAUAAUAGAAUUCAGUCUCUACUUAAUAAUGCUGUUAGGUUAGCGCUUCAUUUAUAUAAACUAAAAGAGAAUCAUACUAUAGGGGACGUUAGAUACCCUCAAGUAUUAUGUUAUUAAAUGUGCAGUCGUAUAUCCUCUUUUCAAGGUCCAACGAGAUCUUUUCAUGUAAGUUAUUAGAUUACAGGAUGGUGCAUAGUGUAUACCUGUUAUGUGGCCUAACACAUGAAUCUCCGUAGGAAAAGGAGGAGAUAGGAAAUGACUAGAAAAAAUAAUGUAAAAUUAAGUGAGUUUAUUCGGUCAAUUGGUACCAUUUGGUGACUCAACUGCUGAUACUAGAAGCUAAUAACAUUUGGUUCUGAGGAAUAAUAACGAUAAUUAUUAAUGAUCCUCUCCCCUUGUGGGGCUAUUCAGGAUUAAUGAAACAAAUAAUUUAAAAACAACAUAACAUGGUUAAAAAUCCCAACUGGUUGGAGGCAAACCAGUUGGCUAUUUACAAGCAUGACCGAGGAUUUGAACUCGGGACUGCCAAGAACAAAUCCAGCAAGCGAUCAUGGCGGGACUUAAACUUGGGGCCUCCGAAUUACAUUCAACUUCCUUUAUAGCGAACACUGUAAGGGGCUCGAAUUCAUGUCCUCAUUAGCGAGAGUCCAUAAUGGCGGGAGAUUAUUUCAGUCAAACGUCUGUAAUUUGUUUUUGCUGGGGAUUUAGCUACUGUCCGUUUUAUCGGCGUGUCAGUUAUAGCGGGGUGUCCGCAAGGCGAGAGUUGACUGUGCAAGUCCAGCACCCUAACCAAUCGAUCACGCCGCCUCCUUAAGAAUGGUUAGUUUUCAAACGUCAGCCUUUGAAUCUCGCCACAGAUGGAAUUCGCCUCAUUGAAUUUGUUCUUCAAUGAAUUUGUCUAUCGUACAGUGCCUGUAGUACUCUUGAUCUAGUGCCUGCAUUGCUUUGCUGUGGAAACUUCACAUCAUCAUUGUAAUAUGGAGCAAAAAGCUUUCACAUUUCACAUGACUUAUGUAAGGUUCUUUUUCAAUACAAAAUAAUGGGCCUGUUGGCGUAGGAGUUGGUAUUUAUGACUUCCUUUAAUCCUAGGCCACGUUUCCUGCUUAACAUGCUUUUUCUUAGCUGUUUUUGGCAUCUUGAAUUUGUUGAUAUCAUGUUGUGCAAACUUUAAAUCAAGAUUGUUAUUCUAAAAUGUGCGUUUUGUUUCCUGUACAGGAAGUGUAUACUCUAUCACCUGAUACUGCACAAAGUCACCCAGGACGUUCAAUCUUGAAAGUUGCUCUUCUGGCCAAUGAAUGGGGGUCAUCUAAGGGAGGCUUGUCAACAAUAAACAGAAAACUUGCCAUACAUUUGGCAAAACACGCAAACGUCGAGGUCACUAUUCUUGUACCUGAAUUCGAGUGUGGCGAAGAAGACAAGAGAACUGCCAGAAGUCACAACAUUGCCAUUAAGGAAGUACAGCGUCGCCCUGCUUUCAGUGAUCCUCUUGACUGGUUGAGCUUUCCACCAAAAGACCUUGACAUUCAAGUUGUGAUUGGUCAUGGUGCAAAGGUCGGUAGACAAGCGCAAAUAAUCAGAGAAUAUCAUUCCUGUAAGUGGAUGCAAGUUGUGCACACUGAACCUGAAGAGCUGGCAAUGCAUAAGAACUAUGCUAACGCCAUUGCCAAAGGGGAAGGAAAGAACAGAGCUGAAGUUGAAUUGUGCCAAAUUGCAGAUCUCGUUGUGGCAGUUGGACCCAAGCUGAAGGAAGCUUUCGCAUCCAAACUUUGUUCAUCUCAUCGAGAUGUCUUUCAGUUGAUACCAGGUUCCUUUGUAGAGUUUUCAGAGACUCAACAUGCCAAACAAGAUAGAGCGAAUUUCAAAGUGUUAACCUUUGGCCGCGGUGAUUUUGAAGACUUCAGUCUCAAAGGAUAUGACAUUGCCGCUAAAGCCAUUGUUGAGCUGCAGGAUAGUUCUUACCGUCUGCUGUUUGUUGGUGCUCCUGAUGGAAAGCAGGAUGAAGUCGCUGAAAUCUUACUGCAAACUGGUAUUUCAAGGAACCAGCUGAUCGUCAGAUCAUUUGUACAAAACAAGGAAAGAUUAAAAGAGUUGUUUUGCGAAGUCGAUGUGGCCAUCAUGCCUUCAAGAACUGAAGGAUUUGGGUUGACAGCACUAGAAGCGAUGUCAGCUGGUCUUCCCAUUCUGGUUAGUGGAAACUCCGGAUUUGGAGAAACACUGCGUGGUCUUACUGAGGGCAAGUCAGUUGUGAUCGAUUCUGAUGACCCCAAGGAAUGGGCAAAGGCAAUUGAUGCUAUCCGUCAAAAACCUAGGAUACAACGGCUGGAAGAAACCCGAAGAUUGCGAGAAGUGUAUGAUGAGAUGUUCAGUUGGAAAAGACAGUGCCAGAUGCUUGUUGAAAAGAUGUGGAAGAUGGUUUACGGUGAGUAAUCAAACUUACUUUUAAUUAACUAAUAAAUUGUAAUUAAACGGACGCGAGCGAAGAAAAUUUGCUAUGAUUCGAAGAAAUGACACAACAGUUUUCAGCUUCCAAGACAUGCGUCGCCAAACUUAUGCCAUCUUCAGUUGUAGAAGCUCUUUACGAUUUGAAUAUAAUGGUUGUAGAAGUUAGUUACAAUUUGAAUAUGCUAAUUACCAGGAUUUCAAUGAAAGCUAAAUGGGACAGAAGAACAAUGAGGAGAGAAAAAGAAACAGCAGAAAUAGCAGCUAAGCUACAUGGAAAGUGACAGGUUUAUGUUUCACCUUUUGAUUUAGAAUAGGUUUCUUCUUCUUUAUAUACAUCGCCUCCUUAAUCUUUAACUGGAAUCCAGAGGCGGCGGUAUCAAGGAUAGUGAAACAUUCCGUGGAACAGGACUCUCUGCAAGCUUGAGAUGAAGUAAUGUGUUUGUAGACGUGAGACGCCUUGUGCGAUACAAGGUGCUCACGGACAGGAGUGGAGAAGUGGCAAGUAGUUUUGCUAAUGUAACUGGCAUUACAAUCAGCACAAAGAAACUUAUAAAUUACCCGCGAUCGGAGGCCUUGAGUCACAAAAUCUUUCACGUUGAAAAAAUGCCCAACUUUAAAAGUGGAAAAAGCUAACUUGAUGUUAGCCCACCACUACUUAUUAAGAAACUGGAAUCAUACAUUUUUUCAGGAUCUGCCCUUAACCUUCUGCGCUCGUACUUCUCUCACAGACAAAACCGGGUGAGGCUGGGUUCUGUGACCAGUCAGUGGAAAAAUACAAUGAGAGGUUGUCGUCAGGGGUCUUCGUUUGGUCCCCUUUUGUGGAACUCAUUUCGAAAUGAUCUUGCUUAUAUAACAGACGAUCAUCAAAUCUUUGCCUCGGGCUCAUCUAGUAGUAUCGUUGAGGGCAUGAGUGAAGGUAGUAAGAUCACUAGAUGGCACAAGGAAAACCUGCUACAAGUGAAUGUUCAGAAAUAUCAACCCAUGGUGCUGGGUGCUGAAUCUGAGGCAAAUAAUAUAAACGUGGAUAUAAAUGGGGUUAACAUAGAACAAUUGAAAUCUAUCAAAUUGUUUGGUGUAUUCCUGGACUCUGAACUUAGUUUUAGUGAGCACAUUAGCUCUGUUUGCAGAAAAGCUAGCCAACAGAUAGGAGUUUUAAGACGUCUAAGGAAAAUUGUACCCAAUCAUGCUAAAUUACAACUUUACAAAGCUGUCAUAUUGCCUCGCUUGACUUACUGCAGUACCAUCUGGCAUUUCUGCAGAGCCUCAAACAAACGUAAAGUUGACAGAUUACAGGAGAGAGCCUUUAGAGUGGUUUUCAACAAUGAGCCAGUCUCCUACGACGAACUGCUGAGACUGGCUGAACUUCCCUCUCUUUUCAACACAAGGCUUCAGGAAAUUGCGAUUCUCAAUUACGUGCUGAGGAUAGUCUGCGCAGUUUUAAGACUAAAAUUAGGAGAACAGACCUGACUGCCAGCUUAUUCGAGGAUGGCUGAAGAAACUGCACGCUUUGUAAUAAUUAACUUUGAGACCCUAUGUUACAAAGCAAAAUUUUUAUCCUGUUAUCAUGUACAUACAUCUUUUUACGUGCAAAUAGGUUUAGUUAUUUAACCUCCCUAGUUUUUACCCUUUGCAUUUCUAUCUGAACACUAUUUUAAGACUAUUUUAAUAUUUGAUUUUUUGUUUGUUUAUUUAUUUGAUUUUUAUUUUUGUGUCACCAAUUAGUGCUAUGCACUAGAGAUUCCUGACACGUUAAUAAAGUUCAGUACUACUACUAUUGCAUGUCGAGAUCUGUGCAAUGAUAAUUCACUAAAUGACUCAAUUUAUUAGUUUGUUUAACUGCGGAGAAACGGCCUAUGUAAGGGAUUUUGUAAUAGCGCGUAGCAGCCUUAGGCUUAGGGUCAAGUGGCUCAAGCAGCAGAAGAAGAAAUAUCUCAAUCCACCUUAGGCAACCGAUAGCAAGACAAAGUCACAACCGAACUUUCUGUCCUUAUGGGUUAGGCAACUUACAGUGACACUUUCAUAAAGCGGGCAUCAUCAAAGUGAACUAGUCUAUGAAACAAAUACUUAUCAUUCUGUGGAUUUUGACUACAAAGAGUACAUUUUACAUCUAUUCAUUACUCGAGAAAACGCAUUUGUUGCCAAAAUAGUUGGUAGUCGACGUCAAGACUUUGUGAUGCCUCGUCUAGGCAGGGCCGUGAACAUUGGUAUGCUGUUUGCAGCACACAGUUGGUAGAAUUGUGUUCGUACUAGUGAAGUUAACUUCCUGUAAAUAUCCGUUGGUUGAACAAGCAAACCGUGUUCGUUUUUUGUCACUUGUUACCGGGUUGAAUUUAGAGACACUGUUAGAGCUUUCUCUAGGCACAGAGGAUACAGCCCAUAAUAAUGAGGUGUCCGUAAAGUGGGUUUCGACUGUAGUUAGUUUCCUGUUUUGAACAAUACACGCGUUACUCCAAUGUCAAGUUUAUUUUUAUACAAGAGUGACUUCAUUCCUACUGUCUAUAUUCUGUCUUUUUUUGUAGAACAGUGACUUCAUUUUAACCCUAAUUUUUGUGACUACUGCGCAUGCGCCAGUGGUCAGUAUUGCCAUCGAGUCAGUUUUCCGAAAGUAAGUAACGGUAGAGUAUACUUCGGAGCCAAUCAAGUAAUUGAUUCCUUAAUGAUAUUGUUGUUGGAUCAGAGAGGUGAUAAGGUGGCUUGAAACCUGAAUGGCACCGUCUGGUAUUUGUAAGCACCACACCUCUUCACAGGGAAUAAUUUUGUACUUUUGCUAUUUACAGGUGACUUGACAUUCCAUGCACUUCAGCAAAUCCAGCUAGAUGCACGCAGAGAGACCAGCCAAACUGAACUGUCACUGAAUUUAAAGACCACUGCUCAAGAGAAAGGCUUUGUGAUUUCUGACAAUCAAGGAGGGGGCAACUGCAUGUUUUUCGCACUUUCAGAGCAGCUUGAUGUCGUAAAAGGAAUGAGGAUGUCUCAUGAAGAGAUACGGCAAACUGUGGUCCAUUAUCUUAUGGACCACACUACGCUGGUAAGUUAAAUAACAGCAAUAACUAAAUUAUAGUUUAUUGGCUAUGAAGGGAAAAGUUUUGUUCAAACAGUCAUAGCGUUCUAGGGACAUUUGUUUUGACGACGUUAUGAGCCAAUGUUGUGACUAUUUUAACUCCCUCUCGCCCUUCACAGCACUGAUAUGAGAUACGGCGAUUGAAAUAAAGAGUUUAAAUUUUGUCAUAGUAUCGUCAGAACACUUCUUUUGUUCUUCAGGUGUCUAUACUUUUUGAGCAACUCUGACAGACAAAGCAAACAAACGAUUACUUUGACACAUUUUAUCCAGCGUGGUUAACAAUUGCAUGUUGCUGUUACAAAUGCGACUUUACAGUGUGCGUUGUAAUUCUGUCCCCACUAAAGCACCGCAUCAGAAAGCAAGAGUUUAAUAUUAAUUUCAGAAAAAAGCACAGCCCCCCUCUUUUUAGUAACUGCAGUUUUAUUAUUUGUCUUGCAGCCAGAUGGGACAGAACUUUUCCAAUUUGUUGAUGGAUAUUCAUCUUGGGGUGCUUACCUCACAAGCAUGAUGGCAGAUGGUACCUGGGGUGAUCACGUGAUUCUCCAUGGUGCGGCAAAGUGCUUUCAAACAUGUAUUCACGUGAUCAGUAGUCUGUCGCAUCACAAUGACGUAAUGAUUUGCCCAGAGUAUGAUGAUGACAGCCGGCUUGUGCUGGGUCACGUGCAUGAGCUUCACUAUGUUAGCCUUCUUCCAAUUUGA